AUGAGACUGGAACUCAUUUUCAUCGUGAGUGUGGUGACCGCUCAGAAGCUCGGCAAGCAAACAGGUGGCAUUCAGAAUCUCCAAUCGGUUCCCUUACCACCCCGGGGUUACGUGUCUCCGUCGUCCUUGCGGCAACAGCAAGAACCUCCCAAACCCUUCUCGUACAAAUAUGAGGGUCCAGACCCGUACGGGGGCUUCUCGAGUCACGAAUCUCAGGGAGACGAAAACGGACGGAUCACCGGUCAAUAUACGGUUGAGAAUCCUGACGGAACUUCUCGACUCGUGAAGUACGUCGCGGACCCGGAGCUCGGAUUUUUCGCUGAAGUUGAGACCGACGAGGAGGGCACCAAGACAUCCGAGCCGGCCAACGUGUCCAUAGUCUCGACCGCACCAGAGGAAACUUAUCAACCGCAACCCAAAACGAACGAUUACAGCGACGGUAGGAGACGAGCUCCGUACGCUCGGAACAGUGGUCGCUUCUCGCAGAACAAGAAGUCGCCGUACAACACUGCCAGGGCGCCCGCGGCUUCCGCGAGCUCCGCAUAUCGCGCAUCCACCCGACGACCAGCGUUCGGAGUUGAUAGAGGUCUGCGCCAACAGCCGAGGAACUUCAAUGCGCCGUUGGCAAACUACCGAAACUAUCAGCAAGGGAGGCCGGAUUCAAGAUCUGCAUCUCCGAACACUGUUUUCAAUCAGCAGAGGAGGGGUUUGUACCAACAACGGAGGGACUACAGCGCUCCUCGAGCGACUUACAACAGUGUUCAGCGACAAAGUCCUCAAGCUUUUCGGGGUUACUCGCCCAAUUCUUCGUUCAACCAGCAGACUACCUUCAAUAACCCGUCGUUGAACUACAAUUACAAUGUAAACUCUCCCAAUCGCGGAACGAAUCCUGGAUUCGGUACGAGACGACCGUACACCGCGAGUAGACCUCAGAACUCUAACCCUUUCAGGCCGAAUGCCUACAGAGACGAGCUAGCGAAUCAGAACCGCAUAACAGGAUAA